UCUUCCCCCGUCUUUUGCUGUCGGAGGUUACAGGAAACUCAGCUGCAGUCAAAAUGACAACGUUACGACCGUUUACCUGCGAUGAUUUGUUUAAAUUCAACAACAUAAACCUGGAUCCUCUGACAGAAACAUAUGGAAUCCCGUUCUAUCUUCAGUACUUGGCUCACUGGCCAGAGUACUUCAUUGUAGCAGAGGCUCCUGGUGGUGAACUCAUGGGCUACAUCAUGGGGAAGGCGGAGGGAUCCGUGGCUCGCGAGGAGUGGCACGGUCACGUCACCGCUCUCUCCGUCGCUCCAGAGUUCAGACGACUCGGCCUCGCCGCCAAACUCAUGGAGAUGCUGGAGGAGAUUUCAGAGAGGAAAGGUGGUUUCUUCGUGGAUCUGUUUGUGCGAGUGUCGAACCAGGUGGCGGUGAACAUGUACAAGCGCCUGGGCUACAGCGUCUACAGGACGGUCAUCGAGUAUUACUCUGCAAGCAACGGAGAGCCAGAUGAAGACGCGUACGACAUGAGGAAAGCUCUGUCCAGAGACACGGAGAAGAAGUCCAUCAUCCCGCUGCCACAUCCUGUCAGACCUGAGGACAUCGAAUAACAGCAGUGUGGCUCUCUGACGCAUCAUCAUCAUCAUCAUCACACACACAGGGCUGUCACUUUUUUAAUUUACGGUGGAGAAAAGAUCAAAUUCCAACUCUUAAAACAAGUUUGAAUUAUAAAAACACACUUUAGAAAUGCAGCAGUGUCUGGAGUCAUUACUGUCGGGUCCAGCAGAGGGCGCUGUGAGCACAGCUGGGCUUUGGAUCCACUUUAGAACCGGGGUUAAGUUCUUAAAUAUACUGAACUUGACAUGGUCAGGAAGACAGACAUUCAUCAGCAGACGGACUGUUCUGUCACACGGUCAGAGAGCCACCGUUUGUACAAAUGUUCAUUUUCUUUAAAUCCUGUAAAUUAUGAAUCGAGCCGAAACACGAGCGGCCAUUUUGAAGAGACGAGUGUGUGUAUGAAAGAAAACGUAGAAUAAAAGAUAAGUGUAGAAAAAUGAA